GAUGCUUUUGAUACUACGUGUUCACCACUUAUCCUCGUUCGGCUUUCCCUAAAUAUUAUUAAGCAGUGGUCGCCAUGUCAACAUUCGAACAAAUAGAGAAAGGCCAUUCGCAAUAACAAUGAGUGUUCAUAAAGCAGCGUAAUGACAAUCGCGGAUGAUCAUUUCCAUGUUCACGAGCUCUUUCGGGCUUGCGAAAUCGGAGAUCCAUCCUUGGUGCAACAAAUCAUUCUUAAUCACCAAUUGAGCGUGGAUGUCAGGGACAAUGACGACAUAACGGGGUUACAAGUGGCUGCAGCCAAUGAUCAGAUUGACAUAGUAAAGCUGCUCAUCAAGAAGAAAGCCAAUCUCAAUACAAGUAAUAGUAGUGGAUGGGCACCUCUGCAUCAUGGAGCAUUUCACGGCCAUACCAAGAUGUGCCAUCUCUUAAUUCGCCAUGGGGCCGAUGUCAGUGCUCGAAAUAAAUUUGGUGCUACCCCGUUGAAUAUUGCCACUGCUUCAGGCCAUCAAUCUACCGUGAAGUGCUUACUCGAAGCGGGAGCAACUUUAGAUGAGGAGAAUGUGCCCCAGUUCACCAAUUGUCCCCUGCCAUUUUCAACGGCUGCCUUAUUUGCCAGAACCGCGGUCCUUCGGAAUUUCAUCGCCAAGUUGCCUGCCUUAGUGAAUAUCACCAAUCCGGACUCGUUAUGGACACCGCUGAUGUUGGCCGCGUCCUCAGGGAGCAAACCCACGGUUCAGUUAUUGAUCGAAAAUGGUGCUGAUCCCAACAAGUUGAAUGGAGUAGACGAAACAGCUCUGGAUAUCAGCGUCACUCUUGGUCGAAACGAAGUCAAGGCAUUCUUAGAUGGAAUAACCACGGUUCGCAACAAGACCGAGAGCCGUGAAGGACGGGUGCAGGAGGAAUACUUCGAUGCCAUUCGAGGAAAUAACGUCAGUUUCAUCUCGGAGUUGAUCCAUUCUAAGCUGAUCGAUGUGAACUGCACUGACAAUGUCGGUGCUACCGGCCUUAUGAUCGCGUCCAUUUCCGGCCAUCUGGAUGUGGUGAAGACUUUAGUGGCACUGAAGGCCAGUUUGGAUCUUCAAGAUAGGGUUAAUGGAUGGACAGCCCUCAUGCAAGCCACGUUUUACGGCCACAAGGCCAUUGCAAAGUAUUUGUUGGACAACGGGGCCAAUCCAUGUGUGGCAGCCUUUAAUAAUUGCACCGCUCUUGAUUUGGCCUCGCUGGUUGAGGAGACGGAUACUCAACUACUACGUUUAUUGGCCGGAAAAACCAUUGACAAAGCUCCUCCAUUAUUGAUGCUGGAUUUCAAGAAGAACGCCUUGGAGAGAUCUGUGAGUGUUGCUGAUUUUGGACGCAUUAGAUCAGCUCAAAGGAAAGGUUUCAAGGGAUGGUUUGGACGGCUUUCGGGUCAGUUGCGGAAGCUCAAACCCGACAUGCGCAGUAAAGUCAGUAUAAACAUAAUUCCAAGUGAGCCCGGGCACGUCAACGGCAUUGAUGAUAUGAGGAUUGAAGAAUUUGCGACCUUGGAGAAUGACGUCGGAGUAGACAUCAAUGGCAGCAUUUUUACCUUGGGCUUCUCGGCUGCCACCACUGAUCUCUCCUCGUAUGGCGUGUCCCCUUUGGAACCGCCAUUAUUUCACACCAUGCAAUCAUCAACGAACAAACACUCCCCUGUCUCCGAUAUCCUCAUUCCCAAUGGCUUCUCGAGCAAAUCGAGUAAAUCUAAACAAAAAUCCGCACCAACGACAGAGAAGCUACUGAAUAGCUCAAAGUCCGACUCCGAGGUCCAAGAAAAGAAUUUCCGUCAUUCCACCUCUUCCAAACGAGAAACUGGCCAAGACCGCAAGAAAAGCAAAAGAUCUCAUAAAAGAUCCAGGUCGCUAAAUUUUGUGCCCAAACCGACACUUAAUGACAGAAAAGAUCUUCCAAGAAAGCAUCAUCACCACCACCACCAUCAUAGUCAUCAGAGGCACGAUUCCAAGACCAAACGUCCUCCCACUUCUCUUGAGGAGCUAUUGGAACAAAGCCACUUGUCCCAUUUGCUCUCGUUGUUCCAGAAGGAGGAGAUCGAUCUAGCUGCCUUGAAAAUCAUGGAUGAGGCUGACCUUAAAGAUUUAGGAAUAACUCGCUCCCGCGAUCGGAAAAAUAUACUGAAGCAAGCCAAAGACUGUCCUUAAUGAGGUUGAAAUAUAACGCUUUCUCUGAU